AUGCUAUGCUUCUGGUAGCGGAGAGAUUAGAGGGACCAUUCAACAUUGAAUCAGUCAUGGAUCCUAUUGAUGUCAAGAUUUCUGAAGCCAUCAUGAACAUGCAAGAAAACAGCAUGCAGGUGUCAGCAAAGGUUUUCCAAGGAUGUGGUCAACCUAAACCAGCACCUGCCCUGAGAUCUUCCCGUUCUGUCCCUGAAAACUUCAAUACCCGGUUUAGACCAUAUAACCCAGAGGAGCGACCUACAACUGCUGCUGGCACAAGUUUGGAUAGGCUGGUAACAGACAUUAAAGAAAAGUUAAAGCUCUCUAAAAAGUUCUGGUCAACAUUACCCUAUACAAUCUGCAAGGAUGAGCGAGUGACAGCCGGUCCAUCAAUCGAGGAGGACUGCUGGAAUGGCCACACCAAGGCCAGAUACUUGCCUGAGAUUAUGAAUGAUGGCUUGACAAACCAGAUCAACAAUCCAGAAGUAGAUGUGGACAUCACAAGGCCAGACACUUUCAUUAGACAACAAAUCAUGGCCCUACGUGUCAUGACUAACAAACUGAAGAACGCGUAUAAUGGAAAUGACGUCAACUUCCAGGAUACAAGUGACGAAACCAGUGGCUCGGGCAGUGGAAGUGGCUGUACAGAUGACAUCUGUCCCACCGAGUUUGACUUCAUCACCACUGAAGCUCCACCUGUUGACUCGGACAGGAGGGAGGUGGAGGCUUCAGCCACACAGCCUGGCUGGUCACUGCAGACAUUGGUCAUCAUCUUAAUCAGUCUCCUACUACAGAGACAGUGGAGAUAA